AUGAGGUCGCUAGCAAUUCUGCUGUCCCUGUUCCUUGGUGCCCUGGCCCAGCAUGGGUCCGAGUGGACCUAUUCAGAAGGGGCGUUGGACCAGAAACACUGGCCGGACCACUAUCCAUCCUGCGGUGGGCAGAGGCAGUCGCCCAUCAAUAUACAGAGGAAGAUGGUGCGGUACAACCCCACCUUGAAGAGGCUGAACCUGAUAGGCUACGAAGCCCAGAAGGGCACGUUCCCCAUGACCAACAAUGGCCACACAGUGCAGAUCCAACUGCCCCCCACCAUGCACAUGACGACCAGAGAUGGCCAGGUGUACAUCGCUGAGCAGAUGCACUUCCACUGGGGGGGUGGGUCCUCAGAUAUGAGCGGCUCCGAACACACCAUUGACGGGAGCAGGUCAAUGAUUGAGAUUCAUGUUGUCCACUACAACUCUAAAUACAAGAGCUAUGAUAUAGCCAAAGAUGCCCCCGAUGGUUUGGCUGUUCUAGCGGCCCUCUGUGAGGCCCACAAUGCUGAAAACAUUUAUUAUACUGACUUCAUUUCCCACUUGCAGAAUAUCAUGUAUCCAGGACAAAGCACCACGCUGACUGGCCUUGACAUUAGGGACAUGCUACCCAGGAACCUCCACGACUACUACACCUACUUGGGCUCUCUCACCACGCCUCCCUGUUCUGAGAACGUCCGGUGGUUUCUGCUGGCUGAGACCUUCAAACUCUCCAUGGAGCAGAUUUGGACUUUAGAGAACCGCUUGUUUAAUCACCAGAAUGAGACGCUCCGCAAUGAUUACCGCAUGAUCCAACCCUUGAACCGUAGGGUGGUGGAAGCUAACUUCAAGUCUCAUCCUUCUAGUGAUUGUAAGUGA